AUCUGCAGUAUGCCUUUAGAGCACAUGAAGAAGGUCGCUGCCUAUAUCCAAGACCAAAUGAUUAAGGGAUUGAAGGGAGAGCCUUCUGAUUUGAAGAUGCUUCCUUCCUUCGUGGACAGCGUUUGCACAGGAAUGGAGCAGGGAUUCGCCCUGGCUCUUGACAUGGGAGGCAGUAAUGUGCGAGUUACCGAGUACGAACUCAAAGGCAACGGCGUUCUUGACGUGGUGAAGGAAGUGAAGCACGCUUUUCCUCCAGAGUACAUGUCUGGAACCGCCGAUCAAGUUUUUGGCUUCUUGGCUGAUUGCGUGAAAGAAGCAGACCCAGCACCUGGAACAAAGCUGGGCUUCACCUUUUCGUUCCCUUCCGAGCAGACAGCCAUCAACCACUCGACGCUGGUCAUUUGGACCAAAGGAUUCUCAGCCAGCGGAUGCGUAGGCAAGGAUUCUGUGGAACUCUUGGAGAACGCCCUCCGCGACCGUGGCCUGGACCUCAAAGUGACUGCAAUCUGCAACGACACGGUGGGAACGCUUAUCUCGCGCUCCUACGGUGAUCCGCAAACCGCAGUGGGUAUCAUUCUGGGAACCGGCUGCAACGCGGCGUACAUCGAAGACGCAGCGCGAAUCACCAAAUGCGACCCUCAUUCCACCACAGGCAAGAUGAUCAUCAACAUGGAGUGUGGCGCGGUCGGCGACAAUCACCCUGAAAUUCUCCCAAUGACUCCAUUUGAUAUCGCGUUGGAUCCGCUGACUCCCAACGUCGGCCUGCAACACCUGGAGAAGAUGAUGUCUGGGUUUUAUCUGGGCGAGUUAAGCCGAAUGUGGGCAGUGCGCCUGUGGGAGGAAAAGAAAUUGUUUAAGAAUCACGAUGGCCAUUGCGCAUUCUUCACGAAGCACAUGUCGUUCGACUCGAAGUACUGCUCGCUGGUUUUGGGCGACAAUUCGGCGAAUUUGGAGGAGGUGAAUCGAAUUCUCACACAAUUCGAUGUGACUGGGUCCACAAAGGAGGAUCGGGAGAUGAUGCGGCGCAUUGUGUAUUUUAUUGUGCGUAGAUCCGCUCGACUCAUGGCCUCGUUCAUUUAUGCGAUUUAUAAUCACAUGGGAGAGGCGUACAAUGGAUGUACUGUGGGAGUGGACGGAAGUGUGUAUAAGUUCAUGCCAUAUUAUCAGGGAUGGGUGUUCGAGGCGUUGGAAGAGUUGGGAAGAAAGGAUAUUGAUAUUGGGUUGGCGGAUGAUGGGUCGUCGAUCGGUGCAGCACUUAUUGCUUUUAUGGUUAAGGAUAAUGCAUAA